AUGCCUGGGAGCCAGCAGAACAGCCCUGGGGAUUUGAAUCAGCAGUUUAUGGCAAAUUCUUCCAGUGGAUCUUCGAAUCAGAAUGUCGGGCUGCAGGAGUAUGGCAUCUCAUCACAUCUCCUGGCACCAGGGGCCACAACCUCGGGUGCUGUGACAUCAGUGCAACAAUCCCCCGAACCAUCUCAAGAGGAUCUCCAGGGUCACUAUAUCGGGCCAGCCUCUGGUGUGUCGUUUUUACUCAGGGUACAGAAGCGUAUGCACGAAGCCAUAUCAUUUUCUGGGCCAGGAAGCAUAUUUACAUUUGGCGAUGCACCCCUCCGCAACCCAGACUACGACCCAAACUUCUGCAUGAUGCUUCCGAAGGAAGAUGCUCAGCGCUUGGUAGAUCGCUACUUCGACUUCGCGAUGCCAACAUACCGGUUUCUUCACCGACCUACCAUACAAGAAUGGUUCGCUGAGUUCUAUGAGACAUUGGGGACUAUGCGUGACCCUAACAAUUCUGCUGCAAAGGUUGCAUUGCUAUUUAUGAUUUUAGCUCAUGCUAGAGUCUACAUGCCUGAGAGCGACAGGCUAGGGCCAGCAGAUCUCAGUUCUAGAUACUAUUUAGCAGCUGACCAUCAGCUUUCAAAGGAGAGCGGUUCAAUACGCCUGACAAGUGUGCAAGCACGUCUUCUGCAAUGCUACUAUCUAGGCACACAGUCUCGUGUAAACCACUGCUGGAGUCAGUUUGGCAUUGUGACAAAUUUGGCCCUGGCUAUUGGGCUGAACCGUAAUAAAAGACCUGGGGUUGUGAGCGGUUUGAAUCAUAUUGAAGUUGAAAGUCGGCGAAGAACCUUCUGGAGUGCGUAUACACUGGAUGCGUAUCUCAGUGUAUCUCUAGGUAGACCGCGCAACUUCCACGACGAAGAUAUAGAUACCGAGCUGCCUGCCUGUGUUGACGACAACGAUAUUACUAAGGAUCACAUAAAUAUUGCUGGCUCUUCCAAGGGCUACUCGCUUAUGCUCGCUCCUCUUGGGCACAUGAAACUCGCCCGCAUUAUUGGUCGUAUCCUUCGGGCCCUCUAUUCAGUCAAGCCUAUAUCCCUCAGCAGACGAGCAGAGGAGACUCAACAUAUCUCCAAAGACCUUGCAGAAUGGCGAAGUGACCACUCCCAGUUUCUGGACGCCGAUUACUUCAGCACAUCGUUUCUGGCUCCCAUCGUUCAACGACAACGCAAUGUUCUCAACAUGACCUACUGGCAUGCUCUAAUCCUCACCCAUCGACAAGCCGUCCUCAAUAACUUUGCGCGGAUCUCGAGACAGAACCGUAGAGGGAGUGAAAACGACUCUUCAACGCAGGAGAGUGUUCAAAAGUGUCUUGAGGCUGCCAUGGACACUGUCGGCUUGAUCGAAAAUAUAGUGGGAAACGGGCAAAUGUUCCGCGCAUUCUGGGUCACCGCAUAUUUUGCCUUUACUGCAGCCAUGGUACUCUACAUCUACGUGAUUCAGAAAUGGGCAUCUCCUCCCCAGACAUACAUGGAGUAUUUCACAGCAGCCACGCGGUGCCAAUCUCACAUGUCAACCAUGGUUGAGAAAGGCUCCCUAUCGGAACGAUAUUGUUUCUUACUGGAAGAAUUGAGGAUCGAGGCGGUGCGCCAGAUUAAUCGAAUGCAUCCGUCCGCCAACGCAUUUGGGGAUUUAGACGGACAUUCCCACGAGAAUGGUUUCCAAUCUAACAUCAUUCCGAUGGAUACGCCUAGUGACAAAACUUCGUACACGGAUCUAAUGGGGGAGAGCGGGAUGGACUAUAAUGGUAUGUCUGGUGUUGACUUUUCAGGCUGGGGUCAGUUUGCUUCAAUGAUAUCGUCGGGACUAGGGAAUCUGGAUGCAUUUCUGGACGAUGAGGUAUUCAGAGUGUGA